UGUAGUGCAACGCUGUGCAUUCUGUUUGAAACAUAUUGUGGUCGUUUUGUAGAAACACGCUUUGCGAUGUUGCCAUUUUGCCGGGGAAACACUAACUUUAACUAAAAAAGCAGUUGUUUUAUUCAGAUGUUAGCUAAAGCUAGCCGCUAGUUUGUUAGCAGUUAGCCUAUACUUUGUGCUGCCUGUCGGUGGAAGAAGGGGCGUCACAUAAACAGUGGAUAGCCUGCUGAUAGUGUAGCCACCUAAGAUAGAGUUAGCACCUUUCCCCCGUGCACGCUGGCAGCAGGAGAACUAGAGAUAUUUUCCACCUGUCUGGAACCGGGUCCUUGCUGAUGCUUUUGCACGCUGCAAGAUAAGAUAAGCUUAUAAAACUUGUCCACAUGCCGGAGCUCCGCAAACAGAUGGCGAUGAAGAGAAGCAGACACCCCAGCAGCAGUGAUGACUCUGACAAUGGAAGUAGUUCUACCUGCUGGUCCCAGCAUUCAUCGCAGCCCCGGAGGGGGACCGGGCAGAAACCCUCUGAGGUUUUCAGGACGGACCUGAUCACCGCCAUGAAGGUGCACGACUCGUACCAGCUAAACCCUGAGGACUACUACGUCCUCGCUGACCCGUGGCGGCAGGAGUGGGAGAAGGGUGUCCAGGUCCCUGUCAGCCCCCAGUCCAUCCCACAGCCUGUCGCCAGGGUGUUGGCAGAGAAAGGGAAGGCCAUCAUGUUUGUCAGGCCAAAAAAGCUGAUCCGGACGUCAGGCACAGAGGCACUAGGCUACAUGGACAUCCGGACGCUGGCAGAGGGGAUGUGCCGCUACGACCUGAACGAGGAGGAUGUGGCCUGGCUGCAGAUCAUCAACGAGGAGUUUGCUGAGAUGGCCAUGUCGCCGCUGGAUGAGAUCACCAUGGAGCGGGUGAUGGAGGAGUUUGAGCGCCACUGCCACGACAACAUGACGCACGCCAUGGAGACGGAGGAGGGUUUGGGCAUCGAGUACGACGAGGACGUGGUGUGUGAUGUGUGCCAGUCGCCCGACGGGGAAGACAACAAUGAAAUGGUGUUCUGUGACAAGUGCAACAUCUGCGUUCACCAGGCAUGUUACGGCAUCCAGAAAGUCCCACAGGGCAGCUGGCUGUGCCGGAUCUGUGCACUUGGCAUCCUGCCAAAGUGCCAGUUGUGUCCCAAGAAGGGCGGCGCCAUGAAGCCGACCCGAAGUGGAACCAAGUGGGUCCACGUCAGCUGUGCCUUGUGGAUUCCAGAGGUGAGCAUCGGGAACCCGGAGAAGAUGGAGCCCAUCACCAAUGUGUCCCACAUCCCCAGCAACAGAUGGGCCCUGAUCUGCUGCCUGUGCAAAGAGAAGACCGGAGCGUGUAUACAGUGCUCAGCGAAAAACUGCCGGACUGCCUUCCAUGUGACGUGCGGCCUCACCGCCAGCCUUGAUAUGAACACCAUCCUCGCUGAGGAUGAUGAGGUCAAGUUCAAGUCCUACUGCCCAAAACACUCCGGGCUCGAGGGCACCAAUUCCAGGAACCGAGACUUGGGAGGCGAGGAGGAGAAGGAAGGCGCUACAGACAUCAAGGGCAGGAGGAGAGGCAGGGCGAGAGAGGAGGAAGGCGCUGCCUCCUCUUCAUCUCCAUGUGCACCGUGCAGUGAUCUGGAGGGCCUCAGCCACCAGCAGGAGAAGAGAGUCAGUUUCCGCAAGCUGAAGUUGCAGGAGAUGGAGGAGGAGUUCUACCAGUUUGUGGAGGUAGAAGAGGUGGCCCGUCACCUGAAGCUGCUGCCGGAGGUGGUGGACUUCAUCUACCAGUACUGGAAACUGAAACGCAAAGCCAACUUCAACCAGCCCCUCCUCACACCCAAGAAGGACGAGGAGGAGAGCCUGGCACGCCGUGAGCAGGAGGUGCUGCUGCGACGCUUGCAGCUCUUCACACACCUGCGCCAGGACCUGGAGCGGGUUCGUAACCUGACCUACAUGGUGACUCGGAGGGAGAAGAUGAAGCGCUCGCUGUGGAAAGUCCAGGAGCAGAUCUUCCAGCACCAGGUCCGACUGCUCAACCACCAGCUGCUCACAGGUGACCCCUCAAACAAGGACCUGGAGAAGCUCUGCUCUCUGGACCGGUUAUCGUCUCAGGGCUCCCAGUCUUGCUCCCCCUACAGUCCGUCCCCACUGAAACCCAAACGAGGGCCUUUAAAGCAGGAGAAGAGGAAAAGCGGCGACAGAAGAAGCCUCUCCGACUCGCCGCACAAGAAGGACAGUCUGAGCAAACCACUGGAGAAAGACAGUAGAAGCUGUCAAAUCAGAGAGGCUGCGCUCACUGAGGCUGCAAGUGACGCCAAAACAGAGAACUCUGAGACCAGUCAGGAGAUUCAGUCCCCAAAGCUUCAGAAGCCAGGGGCUGUCCAGGAAGCCGUCAACACCAAGCUGCACAAGCCUGAGAGCAGGAAAGGCCCUAGGAGGGAGGCUCCGGGGCCCAAACACGAGGCGCUGACCAGACAGAAACGAGAGAAUGAACAGGAGGAGAGGCGGAAGAAGAGGAGGAGCGAGGUGACAGAGAGCUUGUCCAACCAGUUGAAGAACCAGUUCGGCUCGAAACACCUGGAGAAAACAGUUUCCAUCAGGCUGGUGGACAUCAGGAACUCUGACACUGACGAAUACUUCUUAGAUGAACGACUGACCAAGAGAAGCUCUGUCUCUCUGGAUGUGACCAACACUAAAUUUAACAAAGCCAGCGUGGUAUUAGACGCCUCCACCACCGCCACUGCUUCCAAAGCCAACAGCUGGCUGAGAAAAACCCAGGCAAACGGCUCCCACACACCCAACGGACCUGUGAGCAGGCAUCUUAAAGGCUGGGGGAAGUUCAGGAUUCCGAAGAGGAACGAGAAGCUUCCGGGGUCAAAGGAGGAGGUGGUGGUGGAGCAGCGCAAGCCUCUGCUCAGACCGCUGACCAACACACCGGAGCCAUCAUACCCCAGAACACGACUCCGCACAGGGACAGAAAACGACAGCUACACUUCAGACUCAAAACCAGGCGACGGCGAGAUGGAGCGCUGCUUGAAACGAUGCCACUCCCACCAGCUGAGGGGCGACUCGUCCCUCGGCCGUCGCUACGGGUCAGACAUCAUCCGCCGAGGCGUGCUGGCUUCCUGAUGGCAGAGCAAGCCUUUGAAAAUAAGCUGCACUGUUAGUUGGAAAAGAAUGACUGUCACUCUUUGUACCUUUUUAUUUUUCUGAAGAAAUCAUAAAAUGCCUAGAUUAAAAACAAAGCUGAUAUUUAUUUUUUGUUUGUAAUGUGUAAAAGUGGGAAAUAUUUUGCUUUAUUUUGAGCUAGUUUUUAUUUUUUCUUAAAAGUAGAAAGAUGUCAAGUUGCCACUAAGAAGCUCGCUCAGAUAUUUACAAGCAAAAGCAUCAACCAUGGAGACGUCGUGAUUGUUGCUUGGGACCAUAAGCCUGCAACGUAAUUUCUUUCUGACGUAGUAUUAAACUAUGGCGCCGGAAAAAAAGCUGGAACAGAUCAUGCUCAGAGUCAAACCACCCUUUUCUCUCUGUUCAUCCAUUAUCUAAAGCUUUUCACGCUGUGAUUGUUCCAUGUUAUGAACUGAAAAUCCACAGAUAAAAUAAAAGCAUUCAAGUGUAACUGAGCUGCGAUCGUAUCCAUCACGUGCCUAACUUUUAUUUGAAGCGUUUGCACUACGAGAUGAUGGCACAGGUGGGAGGUAUGAGUAGAUUUAUUUUUACACUGAAAAAUGACAAAGCAUUUUUGUACCCUUGGCCACUGCUGUACUGCUGUUAUGCAAAAUGAUUAUUGUUUUGUCUUAAAGAAUAAAAAACUGCAGAAUUUAA